GUACGUAGCAUUGAGCAUGGUGUUUGUAGGCGUUGUUUUUUCUUCCCUCAAAAGCAGAACUUGGCAGCAAAACAAGUGUUUGGAACAGGACAGGCUUUUUGUUAUUCUCUUCAUUCUAUAUGGCUGUGUUUAGGGUCUCUUUUUUCUUUGGCUCUUGUUUGAGUGACGAGGUUGACGAAACUAUGGGGAUUGAUUUACUCCUCUUCUUAGACUACCCUGAUUUGAUGGAUGGCGAGAAUUAUAUUCUUCUCUCUCUCUCUCUUUGCAUUUGCGCUGAGGUCUCUUUACUGUCUGAUUCUAAGAAAUCUCUAUUACGUGCACUAUAUGUCCUUCAUGUAAAUUAUCAGUGCCUAACCGGCACAACGAGACUUUCACCUGACAGGCCUUGUCAGUGACCACGACAUCGAUGACAUCCGCUGCUCUGAGAGGUAUGAACCAUGGAAGUGCUGGCGAAGACCGCAAGUGGGUAAGAAGCAGAGUUGUACCGAGAGACUGUUCAACAAAAAUGGCGAGAGUCUCAAUCCUAUCUCUAGAU